CAUCAGCAUUUUAACUGUCUGACAUUGUCAGUAUUAGUGUGUUUAAUAGUGAAGAGACAACCAUGGAAGAGACAACAGAGGAGGACUUAGAGUCUCUGAUUGAAGGCUUGGACUUUAUCCCUGGACAUUUUCACCUGCUUCUAAAUCUAAACAUUGAGCCAAGUGAGCCAAACACACAUCGUCUCCGUGACACACAGAUGAAGCAGGAGAACCUACGGGCUGAGCUUGAGGCUGAGACAGGUAGAUUGCAGUAUGCUAUACGAAACAUGCUUGGAAUGCUUGCCUACCAUCUUGAUGAGUUGGAAGGUGCAGAGGAGGUUUUCCGUGGCAUCUGCCAGGAAGAUCCAGAAAACCUCAAUGCCUGGGCCAACCUAGCUCAUGUAUAUGAGCGACUCGGACGGGAUGGCGAGGAGAGUGAGUGUCUAGAACGUGUGAAAGCACUUAUGGAUCUGGAAAACAACAAGAGCCCAACUGAGAGCAGGCUCAGGGCAGCAAGAUGCCUGACAGAGCAGGCUUUCGCCCAUCUCCAUGAUGUAGAGCUAGAGAAAGAGGAAGACCUGCAGGAAAGACUGACCACCGCACUUACCUUAUAUAACCGGGCUCUUCGUUAUGGAGUUGAACUGUUACCACAAGAAGAGAAGUGGAGCUGGUAUUUCAACAUGGCAACAAUUCACAUAAAAUUCAUUGGUAUUGUCAAUGAUUCAAAGGAUUUAGAGAAUACCAAGCUUGUACACUUCAGUAAAUGUCUGACACUGCUAGCAGAGACUCUAAAAUCAGACACGAUACACCUCAAAGCACUUGCCUGGUGUUAUAUUGGUCUCAUGCUUGAGAUGAAAGAUGAGUUCUCCACUGUCCCAAUGUCAAUUCAUGACUGUGGCCUGUCUGGAUCUGAGCCACUGUCAUGCUAUGGAUCGGGAAUUAAACUGGCCACAGAUGAUGCAAUCACACUGAAUCGGUUAGCCAAUGUGUUUUUCCUGUCGGGCAAAAAUGAGAUGUCGAUGGGCAUCUGUAACAUGGCCCUGAAUGUGCUGCCUGAUGCAGAGCUAAACUGGAAAGCAUAUUGCAAUCGAGCUAAGCUUAAACUCACAAACUAUGUUAGGGUCUUAGACCAGGCCAAGCUGGGACUAAGUGGGAUUCCUGAUCGUCAGGACCUGAAAGAGGCCCGAGCUGAUCUUGAGCGGGUGCUGAGUGUUCGGCAGUGUCUCAGGACCUACUUACAGAUGGGACAGGUAUACUACUACAUGGGAGUAGAUGCCGUAAAAGAGAGUAUAAUGGUGGAUGAGAUGUCAGUGAAUCAGGCUUUGGUCAGCCUAGCGCAUGCCUUAAAAUGCCCACUGGGUUCAACUUUGCCAGAGCUACAGCUUCUGCGUGGGCGCUGUUUGAUGCUCAAAGGAGAAGAGGAGAACGCCAUUGACUGCUUCAGACAAUCACUGGAACUGGAGCGACCUGGAACUAAUGAACAGCAGGCGCUGCACUUCCUGCUGGAGGCUCUGUUGACCAGUUUUGCCAAAAGCACUGGGGACAUCAGUCAUCUUUUAACCCAGCUGGAGGAAUGUGUAAAAGAGGCUGAGAAGAGACAUGGCACUGAAACAGUCAGAACAGAGCUUAGGUUGUUAUGCAGGACGUACACGAAUGAAGUGGCAGAGCUUUCAAGGGAACUGGUGAAGAAGGGGAAGUUGGGAAUGGUGAGGAGACUGUUGCAGAGCAUACAGCCUCAUGAUAAACCACCUCUGUGCAGAUCCCUGUCUGUGUGAAAGGAUUACAACGAUGACCUGUGAUCAUUGGGAUUGAAUUCUCUUUUAUGUGAAUGCUUUGUAAAGGGGAUAUUUUAAGACUUAUCCAACGGAUUCUACUAUUGUUUAAAAAAGGACUGAAUGUAGCUUUAAAUAUUGAACAUAAUAAAAAGGAAAAACACA